AUGCCCACCAUUUAUUCCUCGCUUUACACGAAUUUUAUCCGCCAAGGAUCUACAUUCGCCAAAUCUGUUACCGCACACGGCUACGCUCAGUCCGUCGUAGCUGCGACCCAACCUCAUAUCCUCAAUUCCCAAAAUCGCCCGGUAUUCCACCGUCGCCAUAAGAACCCUCUUGGCCGCCUCUCCUCGCUCCAGCUUCACUCGGCGUUCCAUUCCGAAAGGCACGCCACUUCAGCGUUCCAAGUCGAAAGCCGCGGCCAUGGUGGUUUAGAUGCGUACUUCGAGGCACUGCAGCAGAAGCAGGAGGCCGACAACGAAGAAGUUGACAAUGAAUGGAUUCAGUAUGAGUUUCCCAAGCGGAUCGAGUGGAAGCCAAGUGCUUCUGCCAUCCUCGAGGGAGACAAGGAGGCACGGGAGCGUGAGGAUGCGGGCAUUGAGUUGGAAGCCAGUCGAUCCUUCACGCCAGAAGAGGAGGCUGCACUUGCACACAUAGAUGCGGCUCUGGAGAGAGAAAUCGAGGCCCGAAGUCAAAAAGAUGCCGCUGAGAAUGUGGGGUCGGCUUUGCCUUCUCGAGCUCACACACCCGCAUCUUUUGCACGAUCAGCCACCCCUCCAGCUGACCCCCAGUCUCAGUCUUAUGCCGACCAUCUGUUCAAACUUUCCUCUGCAGGUCGAUAUGCGGAGAUUCCUACUGUCUUCGAGGCCAUGCUGGCCACGGGCGUCCAGCCCAUUGCAGGCGCAUAUAAUGCCUUGCUCAUGGCUGCUAUCCACAUCCCAACCAGGAGAAUCGAAGUUGUAUCCAAGGCUCUGGAUGUCUACGCUGAUAUGAUCCGUCGUAGAGUUUCGCCUGACAGCGACACCUACGAUAUUUUGGUCGGCCUUCUGGCAUCCCGAUGCCUGGAGGUUACUGAGUUGAAGGCUAGCUUGGAGGAUAAGAGAGUCCGCUUCGGUGGAAUGGACGAGCCUGGCAAGUUCAUGUUCGCCUCUCACGAGUUUGAACAUGCCAUCUUGUGUGAGGAUGACCGUCUGAACCUCGCUAUGUCGCUCUUUGAUUCCUCCGUUGACAGGGAUGUUGCCUUCUACACCGCCGAAACUUAUCACCAACUGAUCUCAGCUUGUGCUCAGGCUGGUAGGGUUUCGGAUAUGCUUCGUCUUUUCGAGCACAUGGAAGCCAGCGAAACCAUUUCUUUUGCGGCAACCUUCCCCACAAUGAUCACUGCAUUCGCCUCUUCCGGUGAUCUCAUCAGCGCUGUCGAGUGCUACAAUGAGUACCGGAACCUGGCAAUUGCACAUGACAGCGGAAAGGAUACCCUUCGGGAUCGAUUGGAUGCCCAUGUGUAUGCCGCUGUCAUUAAUGCCUACGUGAUGUCGGAUAAGAUCGAAGGUGCCAUGAAGUUUUUCAAGCGCAUCGUUGAUGAGUAUGGUGUGCGUGCCAUUGACAUCAAGGAUGCUCUGAUCAGCGCUGGCUUUGUCAAGGGGUUUAUCAGCAGGGGAAUCUAUGCUGAGGCUUUCCAUUGGGCCCAGUCUGUUGACUCCUCAGUUCGCCCCGAGUCCAUGACCAAAAUCGCUACUGUCUCUGCUGACAACGAUGACAAGGCGACAGCCGUUGAUGCUUUUGAUAGUAUCCCUUCAAACUUCCAUGGCAUUGCCAAACCCGCGAUCGCUCUUCUUGCCAUGAGCGUCCGCGCUGGAGAUGUUGCGGAGGCCAGCAAGUAUUGGCAGGUUCUUUGCCAAGCUGACAUGCACACAACGGAUGCGUACAUUGAACCCACUGCCAUGUAUGCUGUCGCUCUGAUUGGUUCGGGUCAGGUCGCUGAGGGACUGACCCAAUCUGAGAUGAUGUUCCAGCGUAUCCGCUCUGCCGAGGUUGAAUCGCGACCUGAGGUUGCCGAAGAAAUUGACGAAGCCAUCGAUUUCAUCGCACGCUACAUGAAGGCCAGGGGUAUUGUCGAUCCCCGCUCUACGAUGGCGCAGACUUCCACAGGUUCUCCCUUUGAAACCACCUCGACUCCAGCCAGUUAUGAGGAUACGUUCGACCCUUAUGCCUACAAUACCGACUUCAAGGGCUCGUCGCUCAUCGCUGACGAUCUUGAGGGAAGCCAUGGUCGCAAAGGUCCACGUCUUGGAGAUGCUCUCAACCGCUUCAAGAAUAUACGCCGAGCCGGAAGACACCCUCGAUACAUCACUUAUGCCAAGCUCAUUUCCGCAGCUGCCCGCGAGGGCAAGAUGGAGAUGUGCCAGGAUAUCCUAUCCAUGGCCCGAACUGAUGUGCCUUUAAUGUCUCAGUAUGCUGUUGUUCGCUAUGGCUGGUCGUCUAUCCUCGAUGCUAUGGUUGGAGCUUGCUUAAACCUUGGUAACCGAGGUCGAGCUGAGCAAUAUCAUCAAGAGCUACUGGAUAUGGGUGCCGCCCCAUCUGCCAACACCUUCGGUCUGUACAUUACCACACUCAAGGACUCGACCAAGACUUUUGACGAGGCAUCUGAAGCUGUUCGUAUCUUCCACCGUGCCAAGGCCGAGGGAGUUGAACCAAGCUCAUUCCUCUACAAUGCUCUGAUCGGAAAGCUGGGUAAGGCCCGCCGAAUUGACGACUGUCUUUACUACUUUACGGAGAUGAGGUCGCUGGGUGUCAAGCCCACAUCUGUCACCUAUGGCACUGUGGUCAAUGCUCUUUGCCGUGUUAGUGAUGAGAAGCUCGCUGAGGAGUUGUUUGAUGAGAUGGAGUCGAUGCCCAACUAUAAGGCUCGCCCCGCCCCAUACAAUAGCAUGAUGCAGUUUUUCCUGACCACCAAGCGCGAUAAGAGUAAGGUGUUCGCCUACUAUGAGCGUAUGAAGGCAAAGGGCAUUGCACCCACUGCGCACACUUAUAAGCUUCUCGUCGACGCUCACGCUACUCUGGAACCGGUCGACAUGGAUGCUGCAGAACGUAUCCUGGAGGAAAUCCGCACCUCUGGUCAGCGACCUGAGCCUGUCCACUACGCUUCUCUCAUCCACGCCAGGGGCUGCGUUCUUCACGACAUGGAAGGCGCUCGCCGGGUGUUCGACUCCUUGAUCAAGAACCCUGUCGUGCCUCUCAACGCAAGCCUGUACCAAGCUCUCUUCGAGGCUAUGGUUGCUAACCACCGCGUCGCCGACACCGAGUCUGUGCUAGCGCAGAUGCGCAGCCAGCGUGUGGAGAUGACACCCUACAUCGCCAACACACUGAUCCAUGGUUGGGCUGCUGAGAAGUGCAUUGACAAGGCUCAAACUAUCUACGACUCUGUCGGUCGUGAGAAGCGAGAACCCAGCACCUACGAAGCAAUGACUCGAGCUUUCCUUGCUGUUGAGCAGCGGGAUCAAGCUAAGUCAGUCGUCGGUGAGAUGCUUACUCGUGGCUAUCCUAGUGCCGUCGUUAACAAGCUGCUGGAACUUCUUGGCGGAGGCCAGGAGACUCUUCCCGCGUGA